GAGAAGAAGAAGCAGCAGCAGCAAACUGUCAAAUCGUGAGGAAGAAACUGCAAAAAUGGCGGCGUGCAUGAGAGGCAUCAUGUAUUUAGUUUCUAUUGAACGAAAUGCUCUUUUACUAACGAGAGGAAGUUGUGUUAUUGUUGAAUCAAGGCGGUAUGUUCGUGGACUGAGGAGGAAGCCCGUCAGAGUGUUGUUUCCCGAUGCGGAUACACAACUCAAGACUACGCCAAAGCCCCAACCAGCAGAGGAAAAUGUCAUGAGACAGAGGAAGGUGGAAACACUCAAGUCUACAUCAGAACGAGUUGAAGACGGUGUCCUUGUCAAAGCGAGGAUUAACGAGCGGUCAGCUGCCAAACAAUCUGCUGUUCUAAAGGAUUACGUUGAUGGAUUGCAUUUUGAGAGGGCUUCUCCUGGAGAUAAAAGGCUGGCGAGGUUGGUGAGUGUUGCUCGUUCCAGGACGUUUCGGGAACACCAGGGUAAGAUCCUCCUGGAGGGAAGGCGUUUGAUUUGCGAUGCCAUGGCUGCUGGUGCCACCCCACAGAUGGUGUUCUUCAGUACAGUGGAACGCCUCAGAGAGCUGCCUUUGGACAAGCUGAAAAGGGCCACGCUGGUUAAAGUCAAGUUUGAGGAUAUCAAGAUCUGGUCUGACCUUGUGGCGCCACAAGGGGUCCUGGCUAUAUUUGCUCGUCCAGACCCGUCACGGUUGAACUUCACAAACAAAGGUCAUUCUUUGCCGUUGUCUCUCAUUUGUGAUAACAUUCGAGACCCUGGCAACCUCGGGACUAUCUUGCGAUGUGCUGCUGCGGUUGGGUGUCACAACGUUCUGCUCAGCAAGGGUUGUGUUGAUGUCUGGGAACCAAAGGUUUUGCGUGGAGGAAUGGGUGCCCACUUUCGGCUUCCCAUCCUUCACAACCUGGAAUGGGAUGCUAUUGAGAACCAUCUCUCAAAGUCUGUGACCAUCCACGUGGCUGACAGGAGUCGAGAAGCAGAGGAUUCAAAUGCUACAGCACUGCAAAAUUCGUCCAAAGCAGUAGAUUAUGGUUGGACCAGCACAAGGUCUGAGCGCACUAACAUGCACUUAGUGGAUUAUGACACAGACUCGGACUCUGACGAUGAGGGACAAUCUGUUCCCAGAGUGGGCUCCAAGGCAUACUACGAGAGCUGGGCUCAGGCUCCUACAGCUAUUGUGAUUGGUGGAGAGACGCACGGUCUGAGUGUAGAAGCCGUCCGGUUGGCUGAGAAAACAGCCGGACACAUGCUCUACAUCCCUGUCGUUCCUGGAGUGGACAGCUUGAAUUCAGCCAUGGCGGCAAGCAUCCUUCUUUUUGAGGGCAGAAAGCAACUGUUAAAAAUAUCACAGACAUCACAGAAAAAAAUCAAAAUCUAAAGCUGAAAAUAAAGGUUUUCAUUUAUUGUCCUCUAAAUUAGACUAAAGGUGUACAUUAGUCCUGAUUAGACUGGAAUAACGUAUUAGUACAAUUAAAGAAAAAAACUGAGUAAAGUGCGGUAACCUCUCAACUUUGCUUUCUUGUGAGUACUUUAAUAUUUUAAACAGAGCUCUAUCCAAAGACGCAGCUCCAAUCCAGUUAAGCAAAUUGUUUGUUACUAAAAUGUCUCCAGAACACUUAUCAAGACUGUCAUAAGUUAGAAUAAAGGAAGAGAGUAUUGGUCACAAGCCUUACUCUGCUUCUCGUUAUUAAGCACUUAGGUGCAACUGCAAAGCUUAAAAUUGGAAUGGUCAUUUUAGCUGUAAGAGCUUUCCAUUACAUACAUACGUUACAGCUGUGCUGUGUUGAGUGACGUGAAAAUGCUAUUCUCUGCAUUGACAAAAAUGUAACAAUGCGCUGAAAUAUUAUAGGCUGCAUGUCUAUAAAUCUACCAUUUGGAAGUUGCGUUUCCUGCUCUAAAAUACAAAUCAUAGAAAGAGAAUACACAAAUUUGUGUUAAGUUUUAUACACUGCACUGAAAUUUCAUUCAUAUCCUCCUGGAGUGUAAUAAAGGACAAUAAACCUUUUUUGACUUUGACUCUGUAAUAGCCUUAAAUAAGAUGCUGCACUUCAGGCAUACUUUAAUUUGGGCUAAACUGUGUGAAGGUCUUGUCCAAACAUAACUUUAUGUCUGCAGCCAGCAUUUUUAUGCAAAAUAGUCACAAUUGUGCAAUCAAUUCAAAUGUUUUUAAACUACACUUUGCAAAAGUGGUAUAUCUGUAUAGGAUCUCUCGUAACAAAUGCAAUGUUCCAAUGCAUUUUCAUUGACUAAAUGUGUGAUUUAUAUAUCCAGCAGUCAACUGCAUUGAUAAAAUGUAACAGGAGCAGAACUUUCUUGCCAGUGAAUUUUUAAUUGGCGCAAUGACUGAAGUAACAGAAUGUGGGAAUUCAUAUGUACAUUCAACACUUUUCCAAUGUCACUUUUGUGCCUUCACUCGGCCUUUUCAUUGGGAGAUGUUCACAGAAAAUCCCCAUAAUGACUGAGAUGAGAACCACCAUUAACGGCUGGCCGGAGAUGACUUUCAUUCACACCAUCGCACACGCAUGCGCACAAGACACGAGGGUUUUAAAACAUUUGUGGUUUUGGCUGCACGUGCACCUGUCACUGUUUUUUAUACAGCUACACCCAACUGAGAUUCACCACAUUAAGUGUAAGUGUGAACUGCUGCUGUAAAAAUGCAUUUUAUUAAUUUACAUCAAUGUGCAGAAAUCAAAAGUAACAAGGCUCUUGCUGAGAAAAUGCAAAGAAAGCAAACUAUCAGCUGAAAUAGGUCCACUGGGUAUUCUCAGGUUUUCUUUUAUUCUACUGUGUGAAAAAAAUACAACUUAUUUUUCUUGAGGCAAAAAAAACCCAAACAAACAAAAAAUCUUCAUAUAUAUUAGUGUAGGAACUAUAGUCAAUGCAAGGCACCACGGGAGAAAGAGAAGACUCCAUGAAGAGAGGAACAUGUCUUAAAAAAAAAAAAAAAAAAAGUUAAAAUGUCAGUAAAAAGUGAGACGU